CACAGCUGGCUUGCACUACCAUCGCUAAUUCGCAUAAAAUAUAAAAACAUUCCCAGGAAACACAGAAGUAGUAAUAGUAAGAAAUGAUUAUAUAUGGCGUCUACAUAGUUAGUAAAUCGGGUGGCCUUAUUUUCAACCUGGACAACAAUGUGCCGCGCAUCGAGCACGAGAAGACCUUCACAUACCCACUGGACUUGGUGCUGGACUACGAUUCCAAGAAGGUGUCGGUGUCGUUCAACAGAAAGGAUGGAAUAAAUGUUGGCCAUGUCCUGGUGGCAGUCAACGGUAUGCCUGUGAAUGGAGUCACCCUGGAUGAUGGACGCGAUGUGAGGACAACGCUGGAGGCACCGGAGAACUAUCCCAUUAACCUGAAGUUCAGCCGACCAAAGAUGACCACCAACGAGAAAAUCUUCCUGGCCAGCAUGUUCUACCCGCUGUUCGCCAUCGCCAGCCAACUGAGCCCCGAGCCCAAGAGUUCCGGCAUCGAGCUUCUGGAGGCGGACACCUUCACGCUGCACUGCUUCCAAACGCUGACCGGGAUCAAGUUCAUUAUAAUCUCGGAAACGGGUCUCAAUGGCGUCGAUCUGCUGCUGCGAAAGGUGUACGAGCUGUACUCGGACUACGUUCUCAAGAACCCCUUCUACUCCCUGGAGAUGCCCAUCCGAUGCGAGCUCUUCGACAACAAGCUCCAAGAGCUCCUCGCCCAGGUCGAGAAAACGGGCAUUAGCAAUAUCGAUAAAUAAACGUUAGUUAGACUUUGUAAAUUGUUAAUGAUUUGUCCUCUGCUAGGAGCAGGGUUAUGUUCAAAGUGGGAACUAGGAUAUAUUUCUCUGCAGUUUACUUGUGCGAAGUUUUAUUUGCGAAUUACAGUUGUCUGAGCGGCUUCAAAAAUUGGUAUAACUUCUUGUAAAAGCAUUAUUGGUAGGAAAAUCAGUUUUAGUAGUUGUUGCUGAAAAUGGAAAGACAUUCAUAUUUUCAUAAAAACAUAUUACUAGUAAAAAUGCCAGAGUUAAACGAUUUACAUUCAUAUUCUCCACUGUUUAUUUUGUUUUUGUUUUUAUUCAUUCAGCCAUCUUAGAAAUAGUUUGUAUAUUAUACAUAUUCAUAUAAAAAUAGUUCUUUGUUUAAAACUAAAUAUAUAUUACACUUUCAGCGCAUAAUCUAGACAACACCCUAACCUAAAACAAUAUAUUGCAUGGCCUAUAUGAAUGUUUUGUGAUCCACGCACAAGUAUAAGAUAACCAAAUAACCAACAAACUCAGUACAUGCUAAAUGGUGUAUAUAUAGUAUAAUUGUAUAUAAUAAACUUCUUGAGCGAAAUAUGACUCCAAAAAUAAA